AAACUGCAAAACGCAAAGAUCUCAGAGAGGAGAAGAAAGUAAAAUGGAGAAAGAGACGGAAACAACGAAAGUCGAGCCGGCAGCGCCGGCGCCAGCCCCCAGAGUCGCCGUGGUAUUGUUCCUGCUAAAGGGCAAGUCAUCAGUUCUCUUGGGUCGCCGACGAUCGUCUAUCGGAGAUUCCACCUUCGCUCUCCCCGGCGGCAACCUCGAAUUCGGGGAGGGUUUCGAGGAGUGCGCAAUUAGAGAGCUGAAGGAGGAGACGGGGCUGGAAGUCCAGAGAACAGAGUUUCUGACGGUCACAAACAACGUGUUCGUCGAAUCCCCCAAACCCUCUCACUACGUCACCGUUUUCCUCCGCGCCAGGCUGGAUGAUCCGAAUCAGGUUCCGCGUAAUAUAGAGCCGGAAAAGUGUCACGGCUGGGAUUGGUACGAUUGGGGCGACCUCCCUUCGCCGCUCUUCUGGCCGCUCGAGAAGAUGGUGAGAAGUGGGUUCAAUCCUUUUGCUAAUAUUCCAUCUUAGAGAAGCAAAUAUGAGGAACUCACUGACUGACUUCUGCUGCUGCUGCUGCUUUCAUGUAAUUUUUCCUCUGUUGUUUUCAGCUGUGUGGUUUGCUUUUGUACUAGAUAUGAUUGUUAGAGAAGUAGCAGGAUGAGUUUCAGCCUAUGAAAUUGAGAAAAGUUCAGUUCUUUUUGCUUGUUGUUGUUGAGAAGUCAGGCGAAAGUGAAACUCUGGAAAUAGAAAAAGUCCUCAUAUAAGUAAAUCCAGA